GUCGAAUUUGUUUCGGGGUGGUGUCAUUUUUCUCUAAAAAUACUUUUCUACGAAGUCUUACAUCUUCCCUACAAGAACUAAGUGAAAUAUGUGAUAAAAGACUGGACUAAAAUAGCUAUUUAAAAAAUUGUAGAAUAUUAGGUUUUUGAAAGUUGGUGCUUGUAAAUUAUUAGGAAAAAUUUUCACUCGACUAGAGAUUAGUAAACUAUUCAGCCUUCAUACUGGAAUUGGACGAAUUAUCAAAAUUUCCACGGAAUAUUCUAAAACAUGGCACGCCAAGAAAGAGAGCUAACAGCAAGCAGGUGUUAAGGGGAACCCGUUGUCAAGCUUGUCAUCCGGAACAAAUCAAAAACACGGGACAGUCUUGCCCAAAACUUGAUUCAGGAGCGUUCAAUAGUUCUACAAUUCCACGUAAGAGCAGCGAGUCAAGUACGACCAGCAAGGGCAGUACUCGCGCAGGCAGUAUCCAUGCUUGGACCAAAUCCUUAACGAGGCACUCGUCCAAAUCGUCAGGUGGUGGCGGACACAAGCGGACAUCAUCGACCGCUUCGUCGACCUCUUGCGAAUUGGGGGAGGAGGCCACCCAGGUACUGAUCGACGCGGGUACCUCCUCCCCUACUGUCACUUGUUCUCAACCUACGCCUAUACCCAAAAAGAAUGCUGACACAUCGACACUUCCACCAAUCAAAGGCAGUGUGCCUACGCCCGACGCACUGUCUUCGGUCUUCGACAAAAUCGACAACAUCGAAUUCAUAGAUCAAGUAACCCCAUCCGAUAUUAACAAUCUGAAUUACAAGGGUUACCACACUAUCGAUACCAAUCAGGAAAACAUCGUAAAAACGUCGCCUGGUGACGAUGAGGUCUUCAAGACACUACCUGGCAAGCAACAAAAAUCAAAGGUCAGGACAAAAGCGAACGGUAAUAAAAAGAAAACCAAGAAGGAUAAGGUAAAGCCCGUCGUCAGUAUGGAACUAUCGUCCGAGAGUUCCGAUUUUACUGAGGGCAUUAAAAAAUCGGAUGGGACUGGAAAGUUGGGAGGGAAGGACAAGACACCACAGAAGGAGAAUAUCACAACUGUUCGUAGUACUACCACGGACACCGAAACUACCAAAGUUGUCACCACAACUACAAGCUUAAAUAGGUAUACCUUUAUGAAAAUUAUGGAUGAGAACAAUUCAAUAAAAGAAGACAAGAAGAUAAGAACACACAGCUGCAGUAGUAUUCCAUAUGAUAACAUUAUAGAAAACUUGGCGCCGUUCAGGAAAAGGUUCUGCAAUAUACAGUUGUUCAGAAAAGAUGAGGAAGAAAAGGAGGAAAAAGAAAAAGAAGAUGAACCUGAAAACACCAUACCGACCAGAUCUGAAAUCCAGCCUGUAGUCGAAUCGAUCCUCGACACUAUCCUCGACAUGGCAGUAGAAAUAAUCGACAAAAACCAACUCCACCUAGAAACACUCCACGACAAACCAGACCGUCACAUCGAACUUACUCGUCUGGUUCCCGAAUAUAAAAGCCGCAUAAGAUGCAAUACUGCCGAUACCAUAACGUCACUUUACGUACCCAAAAUAAUGCAAACCCCUUCUAGUGAUAAUCUGAUCGACGUUAAGAAAUUCGUAGAAGAAUACGAGGAGUACCAUGACUCGUGUUCGGAGAUACAAGAUGCAGAAAUAGCCAUAGGACAGGUAAUGAACGAAUUAAGUACAAAAGUGGAUAGAAUGAUCAUCGAAAAGCAGAAAAACAAAAAGAGGAAAGACAAAUCGGUGAAGCAUGGCGGUGUAAUAAGUCUCAUUCCGAUUGAGACGGAUUCCAACGCCGAAGAUGAUUCUGAGAUCGUUCAAAAUGAUAAACGAUUAUUGGAAAUAGGGGCGAAAUACAACAUCCCGAAAAAUUUGUUUUUGAGCACCGAAAUGACAGAAAUAACGGAACAGACCAUUGAUGAGUUGCAUAGAAAUGAUGAAAAUGCGGAAAAUAAUCCGGAUAUGGUCGAACAGAGUGUCGUGGUGGUGAAUUUAUCUAAGGAGGGAAAAGUCGAAGAUGACGAUGAUGUUUACAAACCGAUUGCCGUUAGUCCUGACGGAAGAUUCUUUAAAUAUGAAGAAGAGAUCGGUAGAGGUUCUUUCAAAACCGUAUACAGAGGCCUUGAUACACAGACUGGCGUUGCAGUUGCUUGGUGUGAAUUACAGGAAAAGAAACUAAAUAAGACUGAGCGACAAAGAUUUAGGGAAGAAGCGGAGAUGUUGAAGAAACUUCAACAUCCCAACAUUGUGAGAUUUUAUAAUUACUGGGAAUCCCCGGGCAGUAAGAAGAAGAAUAUAGUACUCGUUACAGAACUCAUGUUGAGUGGUACAUUAAAAGCUUAUUUAAGAAGAUUCAAGAAAAUCAACCCAAAAGUAUUGAAAUCUUGGUGCAGACAGAUUCUAAAAGGAUUGGCCUUUCUGCAUUCAAGAUCGCCGCCAAUUAUCCACAGAGAUUUGAAAUGUGAUAACAUUUUUAUAACUGGAGGAACAGGGUCUGUAAAGAUUGGCGAUUUGGGUCUAGCUACAUUGAAGAACAGAAGUUUUGCUAAAUCGGUAAUUGGUACUCCUGAAUUUAUGGCACCAGAAAUGUAUGAAGAACAUUACGAUGAGGGCGUGGAUGUCUAUGCGUUUGGAAUGUGUAUGUUGGAGAUGGCUACCAGUGAAUAUCCAUAUUCAGAAUGUACAGGACCAGCUCAAAUAUACAAGAAAGUCAUUUCGGGCAUCAAACCUGCCAGUUUCGACAAAGUUCAGAAUCCCGAAAUUAAGGACGUUAUAGAAAAUUGCAUCAGGCCUAGGAAAGAAGACAGGCCUAAAGUCAAAGAUCUCCUCAACCACGCCUUCUUCGAAGAGGACGUCGGGUUGAAAGUCGAGGUGGUUUCGCAAGAGAGCAAGAAGAUAGUAUUUCGUCUGAGGGUCAUCGAUCCCAAGAAGAGGACUCAUAAACAUAAAGAAAACGAAGCCAUACAGUUUGAAUUCGAUAUGGAGAUGGACAGAUACAUGACGAUUGCGGAGGAGAUGGCAAAGUCUGGAAUAAUAUUUGAAGAUGAUGCAAAGACUGUUGCACAAUUAUUAAAGACCCAAAUAACUCAAAUUACGAAGGAAAGGGAAAAGAAAACCAAAGAGGAGGAAGCUCUGGCUCAACAGUUGCAGUAUCAGCAAUAUUGCAUACAACAACAGGUCGAACAGCAAAUGUCUCAGCAACAGCAACAACAACAGCAACAGGCACAAACCGCAGUGCCUCAACAACCUCCACAGCCUCAGCAGCAACCCCAACAGCAAUCUCAACCACAAACAAUGACGGGUUAUCCUCAGGCACAGCAACCUCCGCAGUACACCCAACAGCAGUCUUAUCAGCAACAGAGCUAUUCACAAGGACAAACUGUUAUACAAACCAAUGAACAGCAACAAAUGCAGUAUCAGCAAGAACAACAAUAUCAACAACAACAAAGCAUAGAGCAACAGGCUCAACAACAGCAACAACAACAGGAACAGGUUCAGGCUAUGCAAAACCAGUAUAUCCAACAGCAGCAACAACAGCAGGCACAACAGCAGCAACAACAGCCUCAACCAACGCAACAAGGGGAUGGAACAGUUAUUUAUCAACAACAGCACUCUAUUAUGCAGCAACCGGAGCAACAGCAAGCUUUUCAACAACCACAGCAGAUACCGCAGGAUCAGCUUCAGAAUCCCCCAGUAAUACAGAGACAAACUUCUGUAGAGCCAGUGCAACAACAAACUAUUAUUCACAAACAGUCCGCUCCGACUCAUUUUGUGCAGCAAAACUAUUUGGAAGGACAACCGCAACAGGCUGAGUACCUACAGGUGCAGGCUCAGCAGCAGCAACAACAACAACAGGACACCCAUAAAAUAUCUAGUGUAUCUCAACCUGAAUUGCUUCACCCGGCUCCUCAGCAUCAUGAACACAGACUAAGCGUUGAUAGUCAAAUGGAUAAAAUUCCACCAGGAAUUAUGCAAGACCAGCAACAGUCUCUUGCCAAUUUCCAACAGACUUACCAACAACAACAACAACAGCAGCAACCGACAUAUGCACAAGUAGUGCAACACCAGCCCCCAAACUAUCAACAACAACAGACUUAUCAACAACCUGCGAGUUAUCCACCUCAGCAAACUUAUCAAACACAAGACAGUCAAAAUUACCAGCAGCAGAACUACCAGCAGCAACAAAGUUAUCAGCCAAGUCAACAGGAACCCAUGAUGCAUAUUAUUCCAGGUACUAUGACUCAGAUUCCUCAGGAAAUGGGGCAGCAGUAUGUACAGCAACAACAGAGCUUUCCUCAACAGCAGACUCAACCACAAGCUACUUAUCAACAUGUACCACAACAAACUCAACAACCAAAUUUCGCGAAUCAACAGUCUUAUCAACAGAGUUAUCCUCAACAAACAACCCCUCACCAACAGAGCAGUUACCCGACACAACAGCAGCAGCAACCUCCCCAACAGCCCACUUAUACUCAACAACAGCAAGUUAAUUAUACACAGCAGCCGCAACAGACCUAUCAAGGACAACCGUAUCAACAACCAGAACAGCAACAAGUUUAUCAGCAACAGUAUGUCCAACCCCAAAAUAUCGAUCAUUCCCAACAGUAUAUUCAACAACCAAUAGAACCUACUCAACAGUAUAUGCAACAGCAAAGUAUUGACCCUAAUCAACAGUAUAUGCAACAAAAAAUAGAGCCUACCCAGCAGUAUAUUCCCCAAAGUAUUGAUCCUUCACAACAAGUUCAAUCCAUGGAACAGACACAGCAACAGCCACCUCAGUAUAUUCCUCAGCAACCCAGCCAACAACAGCCAAUACCACAGCAGGUAGUACAGAGCGAGCCUACCAUGAGCGUCGGUACGCCUCCCAUGAACCUAGUAGAACUUCAGCAGAAAUUAGCACAACAACACAUGCAGGCAACUAAACCACCAGAACAGCAUCGAACUUCGACCGUUUCUUUACCUCCGAUGGCUAGUUUCGAGCCAGCAACAGAUCAUAGGAGACUAUCGACUAUUUCUCAACCCGCUUCAGUACAGGAUUACAUACAGAGUUCGAUCCAACAACAACAUAUUACGGAAAUACCUAGUCAAGAAUAUGUUCCUCAAGUCCAGGCAGCUCCAGUUCCGGUCUCACAGUACCAGGAAUCUCAACCUCUAACCGUAGAAAACGUGAACGCCCUUCCGGCAUACCAGACCCCGUUGGAGACGAUCCUAUCAGUCGAAUCUCUCAGUCACAAACCGUCGCAGGAAGUCAUCAACGCCGUCCAAGAAUUCGAUCUAAACGAACAACAAAGGGAUGACUCCAGCGGACAAACCUUUGUCAAAUCUAUGUACGUCGAUCCUUCACCUACCCACGAUGAGUUCCAUGGAAUGAAAACCAGUUUGUCGGAAAAUAUCUAUCAGAAUCUGAGAUGUCGUGAGAGCUUGAAUUCCAGUGGAACGGUAUCUCGUAAGACGAGCACAGCUUCUGAGUACACACCAGAACAUACUUAUAUAGUUAAUAGAUCACCUGGUCAUGUUGAUCAAAAUACCGUCAACUACCUUGCAGAGACAGCUAUUUCCCCUCCUAUAGAUUUACCAAUACAGCGUCCAAUCAUACCUACAGAUCUAGGAAAUGAUAUGCUAAUCGGUAGUCCUCCUAGAUUGUUAGACUCAGAUGGUAGUGAUCAUACUGACGCUUUUAAGGCUGAGUUAAAUGACAGUUUGCUUCAGAAAGACACUAGUAAAUUUACUCCGAUGCCUGGACAAAAAGUCAACUUAAAGGUAUUCGUCAUGUCAGUAGAUCAAAAUUCAGAUGUUAAAAAAGAUGAUUACGUAGAAUCUCCUAAAGAAAGAAUCAUAGAAGUCAAACUUGAAGACAAUAAAACUGAAAAGUGUUCAACUCCCGAAGUCGAUGCAAAGAGUGAGAAGCUUAUGGAUCAGAGCUUAAAGCUUCCACCUCAGAGAAAAAUUUCUAGAUUUUUGGUGAGUCCUGUAUUGUCUGGACAAUUGAAUCUUCCAAAGGAUAAAGAUUUUGGUACCGAGGUAGCGCCCAAACCCCAGAAUGUUCCUGAUGUUGUGCCACUAGUAGAAAAGCCAGUAGAGAUAAUUCAUCAAGCAACUGAAUUAAAGUCUGUUAUUCCCAGUAACGUAAUCGCUUCCACAGAACCUUUAAGAAAGAACUCUGCUCCUUUAGAAACUACUAGAAAUAUGCUUGAGUUAGAAAAACCUCCAGAGCCAAAGAUCAGCGUAUGUUCUUUAAAAGAAGAAAGCAGUGCGGUAAAAGACGAUUCAGUUCAAAUGUGUGGUCCUGAACACAUUAAUACAUUAGAGCAGUUGAAAAUUAGUCUCGAUAAUCUAAAGCACAGCAGUCAUCCUAAGAAGGAUUCUGGAGAAGCUGAAACUAAAAAGAUAUCUUCAAACAUCGAUGUUAGUGCAAAGGGAUCAACUGUAACAGCGCAGUCAUCUCCAUCUCAGUUUAUACCACAACCAACUCAGAGCCAACCUUCGCAACAACCACUACAGCCCCAACAGCAGCCAAUGCAAUCAUCGCAACAGCCGCUACAACCUCCACAGCAGCCACUACAACCUCCACAACAACCGUUACAACCUCCACAGCAGCCAUUACAACCUCCGCAGCAACCAUUACAACCUCCACAACAGUCUUUACAACCUUCACAACAGUCUUUGCAAACUCCCCAACAAAACUUUACUAUUUCAUCGCCACAGUCUCAGCAGACGUUACCUCCACCUCAACAAAUGUCAGUUUCUCAAAAUUUACCUCAGCAGCCGCCAACUCAGCAAACUUUAAUACAACCUCAACAGUCUGUACCACAGCAUCAACCAAGUUUAGCUCCUAUGCAACAAUCUCAACAAUUACCAACGAAUCAACCGCCGCAACAGCAGCCUCUAACGCCUUUACCUCAACAGCAGCAAUCUUUACCGCAGUUGCCCCAACAACAGCAAUCUUUACCGCAAUUGCCCCAACAGCAGCAAUCUUUACCGCAAUUGCCCCAACAGCAAUCUUUACCGCAAUUGCCACAACAACAGCAAUCCUUACAACAAUUGCCACCACAACAACAAGCGACUUUACCUCCACAGCAGCAACCGUUGCAACAGCAACCUCAAUUACAACAGAUAUCUCAACAACAGCAGUAUUCCCAGCACCAACAACUACCACAGCAACAGCUACCGCCGCAACAGCUACCGCCGCAACAGCUACCGCAGCAACAGCUACCGCAGCAACAGCUGCCUCAACAACAGCUAUCGCAGCAACAGCUGCCUCAGCAACAACUACCGCAGCAACAGCUACCGCAGCAACAGUUGCCGCAGCAACAGCUGCCGCAGCAACAGCUAUCACAGCAACAGCUGCCGCAGCCACAAAUACCGCAGCAACAGCUUGCGCAGCAACAGCUACCGCAGCAAAAUCAACCGCAGCAACAGCUGCCGCAACAACAGCUACCACAGCAACAGCUACCGCAGCAACAGCUGCCGCAGAAACAGCUGUCGCAGCAGCAAAUGCUGCCCCCACAACAACAGCAACCUGUACCACAGCCACAAUUGACUCAACAACUGUCUCAGCAGCAGAUAAAUGUUCCACAACAGCAAUUAUCGGCGCAGUCACAGAUAUCUCAGCAACAGCUACCGCCUCAACAUCACCAACAGUUUUCUCAACAUUUGCCACAAACGCAGCAACAAAUUCCUCAUCCGACAAGUCAGCCUCAGUCUGUUCUAGCUCAACAGGCUUCUUCUAUCUCACAGCAACAAAACUACGUACCUUCCUCGGUACCGCAACAGUACGUGCCUACUGCUACACACCCCAUGAAUAUUUCCCACAUUAGUUCUUCCAUGCCUCAACAAUCAUCAUCCGCAAUGAGUGGGUCGGUGCCAAGUCAGCCUAUAUCGAUACCGAUGUCUCAACCAUUGUCAAGUAGUGUACCGCAUCAACACGAAAUUCCAUUAUCUAUACCACAGCCUCAUGUACUACCCACUAGCGCAACUACUACCAUAUCCCACGCCAUCAGCCAGUCAACCAUUCACCAGCAACAACCACCCCCUCAAAGUUACACUCAUCAACCAUCAUCAGUUCCUUCUCCCAUACCUCAGCAUCUCGCUACGUCUCAGCCUAUGGUAAUAAACAUGAAUCAACCACCCAUCGACAUGCAGACGGUGUAUCAGCAACCGGUGUAUGCCGGUCACGGACACACAAUUUCUAGUUCUGUAUCUGUGCAGAAUUUCUCGUCGGCGGCGGGAGGACAGCCUGUUGGCGGUUUCCAGCAUUCCAUGUCAAUCGACGACACUCUGCAAAACUAUGCUGCUGCUGUCAAGAAAGUGCCAGAGAAUCUCAACCAAAUAUUGGAAAGCUCCAGUAAAGUUAGUCAAUCUCCAGCUUCGCAAGGUGAUGCCAAAUAUGAUGCGCAUCUGCAGAAUUUGCAACAGAAGUUGUGUGCUAUUCCUUCGUCUAGAACUUCGCAAAAUAAUACUGCGCCAUCUAGUCCCCAACUGAUACUCGCUUCGCCAGAGUUCCCGCAAGAAAAUGUGCCUACUAAUGCAAACGUUAAUAUAAGCAAACUACAAAUAGAUUCAACCAGCAUCCCUAGUAGUGGAACGACCACAUCGGACGUACUAUCUCCAGUUGUAGAGCCAGAAAACACGCCAGUACUAAAUGCCAUCGUCGAAGAUCCGCUUGUAGAACUGAAUAAUAAACUAAAACAGAUUAACGCUAGAUCUGAGUCAGUAGUAGAGAAAAAGGACUACCCGCCUAACGUUCCUGACCUGGCUGCUAAUGAGCACCCACCCUCUGAACAGUUACCACCUCAGAAAGAACGUCGGAUUUCGAGGUUCCAAGUGAGCGUCGUUACUGAACCGGAGAAAAGUCAAAACGCAGAAGAUGCCCAGCAGCACGAUAGGAAAGAUAGCACCGUUUCUAUAGACUCAGAAGCUAAAAAAGAAGCUGAUUUCGCUACUGUUAUUAAUACCACUUUCGAUUCUUUGAAAACCACUUUAGUUAGAUCGUUGCCUACAGGUGGAACUGAAGAAGUAAAUUCUGAGGAAGAAGAACAGGUUUCCAAUAUCAAACCGCAUGAAGUUGGUAACAACAACGACAUUAAGCACUCCCGUAACAUUGGCACCACUAAUUUCAGUUACCACCUGAAUAACAUUAAAACCAAAACACACUCACACAUAUCAUUUUCCAAAGAUCAUUCCUUGCAUGGUGUUGGAAGUUUAAAGAGAUCAUUAUCGUAUGUCGAUUUGAAAAAAGAGAUAGAAAGUUUGAUGCCUAUUAGAGAAAAGAUUGAGCCGACACCUACGAAUGAGAAUCGUACUAUGUUUAGUGGUAGGAAACCUUCGAAGACUUUUCGGCAUUUUCCUAAGAUCGUCGUUCAUCCUCCAGAUGAAACUAAUUUGUCGACUAGCAUGCCAAAUAUCCACACGUUUGUCGUUAACGACAUAAAUGAUCUUGUUAUUAACAAUGUAUUUGAUCAGAACGCAUCUUGUCCCUGACCUAACAGACGAGAGGUAUUUCAGUAAUGAUAACACUAGUAUUGAUACAGACGAUGUUUUCGAAAGUUUCGAUGAGUUUGCAGAAAACAUAUCUGUUUGUAGCGAGAGUUGUAUACCGGAUAUAAAUUUUAAAGACUUCGGUGAAUCUCAUACUCGGAAAUCUAACACACAUUCGUUUGCCGAAGCCAGAAACUUCUUUGUCAAAGAACCAGUAAGUAGCAAACCAAAACUUAUACCACUGCCUAGACCCAAAAAGAAAGACGAAACGCCUAGUGAGUAUAUAAAACGCAACUGGAAGGAAAAACAUUCCGCUUCGAUGCCUAAAUUAUAUAAAAGACAAAACACUGAACCAAUAUUCGAAACCUAUCAUACCAUCCACGGUGGUAUGAACAUCAGUAACCACUUUCCUGGAUUAACACACAUUCCAUCACCUCAACAUUUCGAUCCCUCUUUGCCUCAUUACGCUAGAAACUUCAGCCCUUGUACAUGCUUUCAUGGCAGCUUAAACAGAUUUGAUGUAGACUAUCAACAUUAUGCUGAACAGGGUCUGUCGGCCAGAAGUAUGAGCUCUAUACCACACGAAAACUACCAACUUAACACACGCAUACACACUGAUGGUAUCGGCAAAUGUUGUGGGGGUGCAAACUGUCAGACAGUGGUGCCAAUAACUGACUAUUUGGACACUUAUUUGCCAAAAACGGAGGAAACAUUUGAAGAAAUGCUGAAUCGCCAGAAGGCUGAACUAAAUGCUUUAAUGGAAGCUCACAGAAAGCAACAGUUAGAAUACAUGGGUAAAUAUAAAAGGCAGAAAGACGGAGAAAAUAGAUGAGUUUUAUUUUCUUUUUGUUUUUGUUACAGAGUUUCAUCGAAAAUUAACUGAAGAGAGUAAAAAACAUUGAAGAGGAUCAACAGAUUAAAGUGAGAAUGUAAGGCUGUAUAAUAAAUAAUUAUUAUUGUUUAUAUUGUAUUAUAUUUUAAAGAAGUCCUAGAUAUUAAUUACAAUGAUUGCUGAUAAUUUAUUUUUAAUAUCUCCUGUUAUUUCUAGUUUUGUUUUAUUUAUUUUAGAAAGUGACAGCAGUAAUAAAGUCUUGUACGGAAGAUAAGGAUAGAAAAUGUUUUCCUUAUCCUCCUCAGAUUAUUCCUAUAUUAUAUUCAUGUAUAAUUUUUCUUUGGAAUCAAAUAUAAAAUUGUUAUUAUUUUU